GCGGGCGGCGGGCGGGCCUCCAGCGGCCGGAAGCGCGCCGAGAGCUCGGUCGUUAGCAUGGAAGCCCCGCAGGCCCCGGGAGCCCUGGACGCGGCUCUCUCCGCUCUCCUGGAGGAUCAGGCCAGGCUGAAGAAGAGGCUGCAAGAGCUCCGGCAGCUGAAAAGAAACGCCAGUGUCACCCCCAGACUCAGGGUCACGGGGCAGACGGUCCCCUUCCCAGUGCCAGAGGCACCCCUGGAGUUCCGGGGACACACUAAGCAGGCCCGGGAAGUGGCCAAGUCCUUGGUCUCUGAACUCCGGGUGUGCUGUCCGCUCCCAGGGGGUUCUGCUCUGGUGACCUUCAAUGACCCACAAGUGGCCAAGCAGGUGCUGCGGCGGGAGCUACACCAGGUGCAGCUGGAGGAGUGUUGCCUGCGCGUGCGCGUGCGCCCGCUGGAGCUGCCCGUGGUGCUCGGUGUGCAGGUGGCGGGGGUGGCAAGCAGGCAGCAUGUGCUGGUGAGCGGGCUGCCAGCAGGGCUGCCACUGACCGAAGAGACGCUACUGGACAAGCUCGAGCUCUUCUUCAGCAAGACCCGGCACGGAGGUGGCGACGUGGACUCCCGUGAGCUGCUGCCCGGUGGCACUGUGGUGCUGGGCUUCGCUGACGAGGGAGUGGCCAAACACCUCUGCCAGCUCGGCCGGUUCCAGGUGCCGCUGGGGGGCCAGCAGGUGCUGCUGAGAGUCACCCCCUAUGUGAACGGGGUCAUCGAGGAGGCCCAGAUCCGCUGGCAGCCGGUACCCUGCUCUGUGCUGGUGCUGGGCAUUCCCGAUGUCCUCGAUGGCCCCCAGCUGCAUGACAUCCUAGAGGUCCACUUCCAGAAGCCCACAUACGGCGGCGGAGAGGUGGCGGAGGUGGCCGUGGUGCCCCCCGGGGAGCAGGGCCUGGCCGUGUUCACCUCGGGAUAGAGGUCGGGGUCCAGGAUGGGAGUAAAGUGCCUGCUGCCUG